UUUGGAAGAUGUGAAGUUGAAAAGUUGAUACCAUCCAACAUAUUGGUACUCAAGUAAUUAAAAUAAUCUGCAUAAUAUGCUUAUGAUAUAGUACAACACUUAAGUGAAAGUUGAAAGAUUGAUAUUAUUGAGUACAUGUUUUCUAUGAAUCUAAGUCAUAAUGUUAUGUUUGUAAAAGAAGCAUUAAUUGCAUUAUCCGAUGGGGAAAACUUUCGUUGUUUACAAGAAUGCACUUAAAUGCGGUUUAACUCUUAUAAAUGAAUUGAAACGACUUUAUAUCAACUACUUUAAAAAUAACCGACGGUGUUGCAAAUGCAUGCAAUGAUCACUUUUCUUGUUUAAAUAAAUUAAUAUAAACUAAACCGAUAUAUAUUCAACAUAAUAAUUAUAUAAACGUCUGAGCGAUUUUUAACUUUACGAUCGAAAUAUCUUUUGUUUAAAACGUUUAUUGAGCGAUGUUUAACCAUAUAUAUACAUUUUCUUCUGAUUUGUCUUGUCGUCUUAAAAUUGAAAUAAUCACUCAAUUGUUUGUAUUGAACGCUAAGGCCCAGGGACCACCAACUUAGACGGCAGGCUGGUCAUGACCAGCAGAUGAACCCUAUUGAUUUGGCGGACAGUAGGUUAAAGGGCGUAGUGACAGAAAAUACACAGAUUCCUAUUAAUAACUGAAUAAAACGCAUAAGCAGAAAAUCCUAGAAUUUGUAAAGGUCACUCAAACAUUAACAGCACCCUAACUAUUUUGACGUCCGUUGGUAAAAAGUCACGGUCGAGGUGACCUUGGGAUAAAAAUCCGUGUUUGUUCAAUACGAAUGCUUGUAACCAGGUACAUCUUACUUGGUAUGCAUGUGAACUGCAUCAGUUCCCUUUUUGGCAUGUAUCAAAAACAUUUGCGGCGUCUUUGAUUUAGUUCUUUUUUCGACUACCGAACUUGUCCCUGUAGUUUUCAUUGUAUAAUGGAUUCACGUUCAAUUGGAUUUAUCAUUUUAACGGGUUUCAGUGUUUUACGAGAUAUCCGGCCAUGGCGAAUUUAAAAAUAAUAGCCCAAUUAUUGGCAUACAACUUUUGCUAGUUAGAUUCCCAUAUCAGACAUGGCAUACGUUAUUAAUGUCCGGGGAGUGCAUGCAAAAUUGUGUAUGUUUUGGUCGAUUUGUACUAAACACCAGAGUAAAAUAAGAAGAUGUCAGAACAUUGCUGUACUGUGUGUAAAUGUUUGGUUUUGUGAUUUAGUGGGUUGGAUCCCUUGGUCGGGUUGGACUUCGUGUAGCGUAACAUGUGGAACAGGUCUACGGAAAAGGUCAAGGUCAUGUCAGAAUCCGAUGACUUCCCUGAUUAACGACAGCUGUUCUGGUGACCAAACACAGUUUCAAACAUGCACAGACAAAGCAUGCUCAUCGGCAUUUACGGCGACCGGAUACGCGCCUUACGGAUCAUCCUCUAUUAGAUUCCCAUCCGUGAUCCUGAAUGAAGGCAACGACUACAGCAGCGGUACAGGUGUGUUCACCUGCCGUGUUCCAGGGCUGUACCUCGUUACUGCCACCAUUGGGAAAGGAUGGUUAAAUGAAGUGGAUUAUGUACCAUGUCACAUACAAUUGAACGGUAGCAAUAAGUUAUACCUCUACCAUGAUCCGCACGGUGAUGACGAAGAUGGUUAUACAUCCACCGCCACUGGAACGUUUCGCCUGCAGGUCAACGAUCGGGUCAGCGUUGGUAGUUGUUCAGAAAGUAUAUCAUGAAUGAUUCUGCAACGUCUUUUUCUGCAGUGCUCAUUCGUCCUGACCAGUUGCAAUAAAACAUAGUACGUGAUGUGUGUAUAUGCUAUAGUAAGAUGCAUAAAAUCAUUUGUUAUAUACAUAUAAAUACAUAUAUAUAUAUAAGUUCAUGCAAGUACUUGUAGAAAUUCUAAAUGAGGGGAAUAUGAAGAAACACUACAUAUAUCCAGAAACCAGUUUAUUAUUUUUUUACAUAAACCAGUCUUUAUAAAUGUAUAUUUAUACAGUUCGGACUCUUUUGAGCAAAAUAAUAUUAUUUUUGACAUGAAUACCUCCGAACUUCUUACAUUAUUUUAAAACAUGAAAAUUUGAAUGAAAAGAACAAUCAGAUAAAUCAUUAAAUGUGCGGUAAUUUCGGUGACAUUUCGAAUAAGUGUAUACACGACGAGAAUUCAAUUGAUAAAACUGAAUAUUCCAUUUCAUAUUGAUCUAGUUA